AUGGCGCUACCAGGUCCGGGAAAUCAAACUCACGCAGACGAGAACACAGAGCCUGCGCGGAAGCGCCAGAGGACGAAACUGCACAGGGCUCAGGCUACCACAAGAUGGUGUCACCCAGUACUGGGCUGGGAUACGCCAACAUCAGGCCACGAAAGACCUCGAAGAGUGCGGCCUCAGACGCAGCAGCAAACACGUCCGACUCGCGGUCAGGGUUUGGAGCAUGAUGCGGCUGUCGUAUCAGAAGGCGACCAUCCCAUGCAUGAUCCUGCAAUACCCAUUGUCGCGUCACGGGAAAGUCCACAGCAGGGAGAUGCUGUAGGAGAGACAUCCAACUCCGCAGGGAUAUAUGAACGUAUUCGAGGCAGCCCUUUUGACUUCGCCGACGACGGGAUUUGGCUUUGGGAUCAGGAUCGACUCUUCAUCCACGAUCUGCUACAAACUUCCUCCAAUGAUGAUUCAAGUUGGGAAGAGGUCCACGAAUGUGGACAUCACGAAGUUCAUUUGAGACCGUAUCAAAUCGACCAUGAUCGUCACAUGACUUUUCAACAAGCAACAACCGUGGUUGAUGGAUCAGCUGGCUCCGUUGACAUUGACAUUAGCGAAGCGGGUAGUCUCAGACCAGGUCCUGUCACCACGCCUAACAUACCCAACGAGACUGUCAGCGACUGGUGGUGGGAGCCUAUGAGUCGGCUCGGUUUUGUGAUGCCACACUACACUGAUGAUGAGGACCUUGAACAUCUCUUGGGUACUAUGGGAAGCAAUGGGUGUAAACCGUAG